GAUUUCCUUGAGUUUUCUUAUAUUGUCUUUUAUGAAUUUACUUUUGAGUAACCUUAGCAAAAGAGGAUUAGGUGCCAAGUUUGAAAAUGCAGUAGGUGGACCAAAACACCUUGAUGUGAACAAAAGCACUUAUAAGUAACCUCUUAAGCAAAACUAACUCAAUUCACAGUAAACUUCGGCCUAUCUUUUGCAUAAUUAUGCUGCAAAGAAUCAUAUUCUGCACUGCAGUUCUUUUAGCCAUAGCUUCUGUUAUUCUUCUUGCCUUAUUCUCCCCAGUACCCCAUACAAAAAACACCACGAGACACCGGUUAGCCUUGUCCCUGUACAUUCAACAUCCCCAAGUUGGUAGCCCCGUCCCCAUCUCUGUAGCACCUCCGGCUACCACCGGAGCCUUGAUCUUUCAUCACACACUAACUGAGGGACCUGAGAGUACGUCCCGAGUUAUUGGAAAAGCACAAGGAUUCAUAAUUCCAAACGAGCAUUUUGCGCAUUCGGCAUUCAACAUUAUUUAUCUCACAUUUUACACGCAAAAAUAUUCCGGGAGUAUCAGUAUUCGGGCCAAGAAUGUAAGCCAUAAAAAGAAAGAAGAACUCAAGGUUGUUGGUGGCACGGAGUCCUUUGCCUUUGCCCGUGGCCAUGCUAUUUUUGCACAAACAGAUGAGGAAAUUUCUAAUUUGGAUGCAACUUAUCACAUAAAAUUGCACUUGAAAUUCCCUAAUAGGUCUCAAAUAAUAUCGGGAUAAAGUGCAAUUUAUUGAGACUUUUUCCUUAUUUUUCAUGCUACUUUGAUCAUUUUGAGGUCGGCU